UAUGAACCCUCGUAAUGACCCGAGUUGACCCCAUCAUGGCGGCGCCCGCUGAAAACGUGCCAGCUGAUGUCCGGAAUUUCGUGUCGUCUCAUCCCGGAUUUCAGAUCAUUCCGGAUUCUAAAAGGGUCCUGUGCACCCUGACUGGCCAUGAGCUACCGUACCACCUCCCGUCACUACAGACGUAUGUCAGGGGUAAGAAGUAUAAAAACCUGGCAUCAGGGAUUCAGACCGAGGACGACUUCGAGUACAGGAAGUUCCAGCCUCACAUCAUCCCUAACGACAAACCAAAAAGACGACAUGAGUUGUUCUGUACGCUGACUCUCCGCCACCUGAACAAGUUGCCCAGUGCCGUGUACCGGCAUGUCAACGGCAGGAGGUACAAAAAGGCCCUGGCAAGAUGGGAGGAGUGCCAGAGGACAGGAGAGAAGUUUGUCCCCCUCGGCAGACAGAGCAGGCAGAAGGGCGACGGUUUAGACGACAGCUCCGCGGACAAGAAGUUCUCCAAGACUCAGGACACAGACAGUGAAAGUGAAGAAGACUCAGAUGACAGCAUGAGUGACUUGUACCCAGCCAAAUACUUUGAAUCAGAAGACUCAGACUAUGACUUGGAGGAAGCCAUGGAGGUUGAAGGUGCCGAGAAGCCUGACGACUCACAAGUCACAGCAACAGGCAAGAGGAAACAUCAGGAAGACUCAGUACCACAGAAAAAAAUGAGAGGCAAUCAGAAGUCUAUGACUUCCAAAAACACAGGCAAGAACCGAGGAAGGGGAGCCAAGCGCAGUCGCUGA